AUGGAAAACAGCUAUGCGUUCAAAGAGGGGACAUCUGUAAAUAUUACCUGCCAGCUGAAGGAUAACCCAAACUGGAAAGCCCUAAUCAUUGGAAAGGUUGAUGAUAAAAAUAUUGACAUUGUCAGUCAAAUAUUUACGAUCUCCAAUUUAACUGGCUCUGUCGUAAAUACUACCUUCGAUAACAACUAUACUACCAGCUACAUACUGAAUAAAGAUGGUGCUUUAAUUUCACUGGAACUUGACCCUGUGACAUGUGAGAAUGAAGGGUUGUAUAUGUGUGCUGCAAUUGUUGGCGAACUGGAAAGUCCAAUAGAAAUCAAUAAUGCCAGCACAACAGUUAAUAUAUCAACUGAGUCAAAAAUCCCAGAAAUAACUAUCCCGGACAAGAUAUAUCUCGGUCGAGAGGCAGUAGUUGAGUGCACUGGUCUUAUUGGAAAAGGAGAAUCGGGUCAAAUUGAAGGACGACUUAUACUUGAAACCAAUUUUGGGGACAAUGGUAGCAAUGUAACUUACAACGCAUCAGAUACUCCAGAAGAGGUUUGUUGUUACUUCAAAGACUCGAUUUCAGUACAGAUACCUACCGCAACAGAAACUUCCGACCUAUGGGCACAGUGUGUUGUUCGACCUCUACAGGGGGAUGACCUUUCGUCUGGAAAGAAGGAAGUUCAUUUUCUAACAUCUUUUGUUGCAUUUGGGACCUCUUCGUACAUAUUCAAUAUUGGCGAGAAAGCAUCGAUUACAUGUGACGUCGUGAAUAUACCGGACUGGAAACGAAUAGAGAUAAGAAGGUCUGACGGUGAAGUUGUCAUUGGCGUUAAUAGUACCGGUCAAUCACCAGACUCGAAUAAACCCCAUAUAAGAUUGAUGGUGAAUGAAAGCAAUUUUGCUAAUAAUACAGCUACAUUAGCUGUUGUUUUCGACGCCGUGAUGUGUAGUGAUGCAAUGGGAGAGGUGGGUGAUAUUAAUUACACCUGCGCAGUUAUGACUAGCAAUUCAACAACAGAAGAUGUGACUACAGUGACGUAUCAGAGGAAACCGGAAGUGCCUAUUCUAGAAAUGUCGCGGGAAAUAAUCGAAAACAAAUACACGUUAGGGGACAGACUCUUUUACUGUAAGGGUGAUGUAGGAGACCCACCAGGGACUAUAGAAGUACAAAGUAAUUUUAAUGGAUCAUAUGAAACCUUCUUGGCACCAUUGCCUGGGAUUGAUAAUAAUACAAUUGGUUGGAUUGUAAGCAAUGAACCAGAUUCAUCCGAGUGUAAGAAUUACAAAACAUUAGGUUUUGCGUUUCAUAAUGUAACCAUUGAUAUGCAGUACAAACACUUAAGAUGUACAAUACGUCCUUCUGAUAAACUUACGGCCACCAUGGACGACUUGUUUGAUGACAAACCAAUUAAUAUUGUUUCAGAACAAAUAUGUGUUGGGAAAGCUGGCUAUGUGUCACAUCCAUACUUCUGCCAUCUCUAUGUGGAAUGUGAUAAAACGACUGAUGGUCACAUUGUUGGAGUUCCCAUGGGUUGCAGUGAAAAUGAAUGUUUUGACGAUGCGGUUGUCGACGGUAAUCCUUGUGUGGAAUGCUCUUCUAUUGGCGGCUGCAAUAUAACAGGUAUCAAGUGCGACAAAACAUAUGCAGCAUCAUACAAGGGGGGAACUGUUUCUUUCACUUGUGAUACUCAAGACUUUGGUGAAGUUACACAUAUUUCAGUAAACAAUUACGCUGCAUUUGCAAUAAAUGUGACAGAGAUGACGAUACCAAUAACCAAAGAUGUAGAUGUCAAAGUCAGCGAAGGUUCUGUCAUCCUCAGUUUUUCAAAUGUAUCAUGUAAUCAGGAAGGAGAUUACGCUAUCAGUCUAAAUAAUCAAACAGCCAUCACACAUUCUUUGGUUGUUAUUUCUGAACCAGCCGAACCAAAUUUAUCUGUACCUGACAUAAUGACUGUAAAUCAGGAGACAGCAAUUAAUUGCAGUGGCCGAAUAGGUCGUGAUAAAGAGGGCAACAACAAAGCAGUUAUCUACCUAGAAGUCAUGCAGGAGCAAUCUAGCGACUUUGAAGAAUACAGUGACCACGAGACAAGGGCAUCAUCAGAAGAGGAUUGUGAGAUUUCAGAAUCGGUGGUGUUCAGCAUAACACCUGACGUUUCUUUGAAUAACUCUCAAGUUAGAUGUACAGCUAAAAAUGACACCGGGGUUGUAACAUAUUCGUCACCAAAACUCAUUGUGUUACAAACACCAGCUAUGUUUUGUGAGCCUGUGUUACAGGCUAGAGAUAUUGGUGAAUCUGUUUUGUUUAUAUGUGCACUGAAAGACAUAACAAACAUCACAAGUGUAGUUGUUACUAAAAAUUAUUCUACAUUAAUCAACGAAAACAAUGUGGCACUACCUUAUAAAAGGGACGACACGCCAUUCACACUUACGAUACCUACAGUCACCGAAGUAAACAUGACUUUUACAACAGUCAGUUGCGAGGAAGAAGGCGACUACGAUAUCAUGUUAAAUGAUGCUGUUUCCGCGACUCUUACACUAAGGGUUGUGUCUCCUGCGACUAAACCUAGCCUAAAUAAGUCAUCAAAAGUAAGACUAAAUGAGAGACUUGAAAUCAGUUGCAGUGGAGAUAUUGGUAGGGAUCAAGACGGAAACGCGGCAACGAACAUGUUUCUGGAGGUCAAAUUUAUGAACGAGUCUGAGUUUUCUAUUUACAACGAAAGUGUAGAACAAGAUCCAGCGGUCCUAGAAAACUGUCGGUAUACACAAACCGUUCGUUUGAUCUUCUAUCCUGAUGUUGGCUGGAACAAUUCUGAGGUCAGAUGUGCUGCUCGUAACGAAACUAAUGUGGUUCAGUCAUCAACAAUACAAGCUAUUAAACUUGAUAGCCCCAAUAUGUAUUUCGAAACUACAAACUUAACAGGAAUCGUAGGUGAAUCUGUGAUACUAACCUGUAUUGUGGACGGCGUGGACGGUCUUACCGGCAUAAGCAUCACGAAAGGAACAGAAAGAAUUAUUGUAGCAUCAUAUCCAGGAGAUUCAAACAGCGACAGUGUCACAGUUAUAACUGAAGAGAGUAAUUUGAAUGAUUCUUCCGGAGUUCUGAUGAUCAAUAUGACAGUUCAGUGUGGAGAUGACGGUGACUACUUCUGCACACCGAGUGGUUUAGUGAACCCUUCAGAAGACAGGGCUGUUUUAUCUGUACAAUGGAAAGCCCUUGCAACAGUACUAGAUCCAUCAAGUGACAUGGUUGAAAACUCUAUUCCCUGGGCUGGGAUUGGAUUUGAAACUGUAUGUACCGGCGAACUCGGCUCUCAAAAUGCAUCUAUAUAUUUAGAAUCAAAUGUAGACGGAGAAUUUAAGAAAAUUGGAUCACCGAGUUCUUCAGAAUUUAAGUUAAAUGAGUGUUCAAACUUGGCCACUGUAAACUUUAACAACAAGUAUACAGCAGAUUGGAAUGGAACAGUUAUAAGAUGUGUUAUUGAAACGGAAGAGGAAAAGCUGAUGGAUGCCGAAUACGUUACAGUUGUUCCAGAAACGCUCUGUAAUGGUCUUGCAAAUGGUAUUCAAGUUCCUCAUCCAUUUGAUUGUCGAGCUUGGUUUACGUGUGGAGUAGGAGGCAGAAAUAUUACUGCACUCAGACCUAACAAAGACUGUCAAGUAGAUGAGUGUUACGAUGUUUUAGACACGUCCAAAUGUAUUCCUUGUGACAACGUUGGCAAAUGUCGACGGGAUCCAUUAGAGGAGGAAAGUACUCCUACAACAACGACAACACCUUCGCCAAAUUCAACAUACAUGGUCUGUGGCAAUUUGUUGACCGGUGCAUAUGACGAAAAUAUGGAAGUGACAUGCAGCUUAAACAACAUUGAUAUUGACCUAAGCAAUCUGACUCAGUCAUCGGUGACUAUCAUCGCUGAUAACAGCCUUGGUUUGAUAUUUGAUUCAAGCCGAGAUAACUUAACGUCAAAUUCGUUUACGACAGCAACGGCGAACGAAAUAGUUCUCGAUACGAGUACAAUUACAUUGAAGUUCGUGCCUUUACAGUGCCAGCACAUAGGAAUAUACACAUUCAAAUAUUCAGAUGUUGAAGGAUCCAGCGAGGUUGAAGUAGUAGCAAACGUUUCGAAGCCGGCCCUAUCAAAACAGCCUGACCAAUUCUAUCGUAAUCAAGAAGUACAGAUAACUUGCAGUGUUGAUGUAGGACGACCAAAGGGAAGCCUUGCUUUAAAAGUAAAAGAAUCGGGUGAAAGCAAGUGGACAGAGGUAGCCGAAGUAACGAAAUCUGAAAAUGAAACAGCUAAAUGUACUACUUUUAUGUCAGUCACGCAUGUCUUUUAUAUCAGUGGAGGCAUGGAGGGUCAUCAAUAUAUCUGUGAAGCAACAGGCGCGAAUAAUGACAUUUUAGAGUCUAAUCUAGAAACAAUAGAAGUUUCAAAUCCAGUUGUAUAUUUUAUGAGGGAAUCUGAAACGGUGCAGAUAGGUAGCAGUCUACAACUUGAAUGCGUUAUUGAAGGCAUCUCAGCAGAAUCGGGAGCAAUCCUUACAAGAAACUCAAAAGUAUUAGGCGAGGAACAUGUAUGUAAUAUCAGCAGUAGCGGCAUUGUUGCAUGUUCUUCUAUGGAUACUAAUGGCAUAGGAGCUGUAAAUGCAAACAACAACUUGACAGCAGUUGUUACGAUCAACCCAGUUAGAUGUGAAGAUGAAGGGACAUAUUACUGCCAAUCUGUCUCUGACAGUUCUCUCCAGGCGUCAUUUACACUAUCAGCGAUAAAGCCACCGAGUGGAGGAGUUCUUCUGUCACUUCCUACGAGAAUGGUUUUAAAUCUAGCGGAAUACAGUGAAAAAGUAACAUGUGAUGCAAAUGUCGGAUACCCGGCGGGAGAAAUUCGCAUUGAGUACAGUAAAAACAAUUUUGAAUCAUACGACACAUACAAUAUUGGAACUAAAGAACCAGAAACAGAAUUAAAAAAGGAAUGUUCUAUCAACAAAACAGUCUCCUAUAAAGAACACACCUUCACGGAAUCUUGGAAUAACACAGAUAUACGAUGUGCAGUCUACAAUCAUACUGACGUCACCGAACCAAUGUUAGUUUCGGAUGUACAGCGAAUAAAGUUGAUAGAAAAUGAAUGUCCGUCUACUGGAUACCCGGAAUAUUACCAUCCGUUUAAUUGUCAUUACUAUAUUAGAUGCAGUGAAGGAGCAAUAUCCGUCAGUGACUGUGGUUCAAAAGACUGUCCAAAUUUUGUAAACACCACUAUGACAGGUUGUACAGGUUGCAGUGUUCCUGACUGCUAGGUAACCAACGAAAUGUAAAAACAUAUCAGACGAACUGCAAAAGCAUGAUUACAAAACGACUUGCAAAAAAUUGAUAACAGACAAAUUGCAGAAACAUUAUCACAAAUAGUUUCACAUAUUACAAAAAAUUAACUUACAUUUGCAUGCUUUACAAUGUUAGGGGCAUGAUAGGUCUUGCACUCUUACGAACAGACUAAAUCAAACAUAGUGUAAAAUUAUAUCGCAUCUAAAAAUAGAAAAUACUUUUAAAAAUUCUUCUCUUGAAACACUUUAUGCUUCAAAAGGAUCUUUUCACAGAUUUUAUUAAAUGAUAAGUGUACCGUCCUUAAAGUGUGCCAAGUGCCAUAUUUGGAAAAUUUUCAGAUGUGAUAUAAUUUUUACCGUUGUAGUUGUGUCUGGAGAAUGAUUUCCAAUGUAAUACUUGUAAUUUUGGAUGUAAGCUCCGUUUAAAAGAAAUGUUUGUCUCAGACAUUAUUUUUAUUUUUUAUAUAUGUCUCUUACCCCUAUCAUAUUGCAUUAUUUAGUCAUGUGGCUUUGUGUUUUUGUUAUUUUCACGUUCAGUCAUAUCAUAGUACCUAUAUCCAACAAGUCAAACAUGAAACAAUAAAGUCAGUCAAUGUUAUGUUUGAAAUUGAAUAGAUUAAGACAUGCUGUAAAGCUGUACAAUGUUCAAUAGCUAAAAUGUUACAUGUAAAUUGUUUUGUAUCACAAUUGUAUUUGGUUUCGUUUUCCUAAUUUUUUAAUCCAUUUAUUGAUAUAACACAUUUAUUUUAGGGUUCUGCUGAUUAUUUGUAGUACCUUUAAAUGCAUUUGAAAAUGAAUGAAGGAUAUCAUAGAUUAUAAUUCAAAAUAUCAUGGAAACGAUAGCAUUGAAACUUUACUUGAUCAAUUGUAUGAUUUCAUAUUUAUUAAUUAUUUGAUAAGGUCGUGUUAAAUGCGUUAGGAAAUAUCAUACGCUGAAAUCUUCAAAAAAACAAAGAAAAAUAUCAAACAGGGAGUGCCACGCACCAAAAGCGCAGCCUCUUCAAAACGAACCCCCAGCACGCAAACGCGUGCACCACACACACACUCAAAGCCUACGCAUCAGGACAAAACGAACAACACACACACACACACACUCAAAGCCAACACAUAAGGACAAGACGAACAAUAAGCAUACACACACGCGCGCACACAAAGUCAACACACAAGGACAAAACGAACAAACAAAGGAACACAGUGGGGCACCGCCUUGGAACGGUCAGUGGCAAAAACACCACUGGGGAGCUUAAACCGGUUUAUGGUGCGCACCCAACCUCACUCUUACCCCCACCAUGUUCCAAAGACAUGGGACAGUGUAAAUAAAAGUAAUCCCCUCCAGGUGAAUCUCUAACACACGUAAUGGAAACAAAAAGGCAUGGCAUGUAAAACACAAAAAUGCUCGUGUAUAAAUAUAUAAAAAGCAAACCUUAAGAACCAAAAACGUAUGUACUCAAUGCCUUUUCAGAAGACAGAGCAACAAGAGAAACACCUUUAAGGAGACUUGCAUCCUUUUUUAUUGUAUUUAGAAAGUAUGUAAACCUGUACAUUCUUGGAAAGUUCUUUUAAAACAAAACUCAUUAUAAUCUUUUUACAAGACAGUGAGAUAUGAAACGCUUCUUACUGACCAUAAUUUUUUAACACUCUUGUUAGGAGAGGUGUCUCACCCAGUAAUUUUACACAACUGUCCCUGCAUGACGGAACCGUGUUACAAAAUAUUGAAAUAUGUUUUCUAAAAACAAAAUGUCUUUUAAUGUACAGUGGCAGAAGGUUAUACCUCUUUAAUCAUACAAAAAAUGUGAUACAAAUUGAAAAUGUGAUACAAAUUGAAUGAAACCAUAUAUUGAAACAUCUGUGACGGUGAAACUGUUGGGUGUAAGGGGUUACCACAAUCUAUAGGCCUUGUUAUAAGUGAUAAUGGAUAAGGAAUUUUAUUUCUUAAAGUGACCUAUAUCUGUUUUAAUCAUAAGCAGUAUGGUCACUUCUGUUUAAUCAGUUCUGAAAUUUAGAAUACUUUUCAAAAUAAAAAGAUUCAUAUACUAUAAAAAGUGCAAACCCUAGAAGGUUUGGCAAAUAAAUUUUCAAAAAAGCUUUCAACACAACCUUAUGCAUGUCAUUAAUGAAAAAUGGAUAACAAAAAAUAUAAAAUAUUUGGGAUAUCUAAAAAUUUUGUACAAAAAAUAUCGCACAAUUCUGCUGUUGUGUACAUGAUAUUCAUAUCCUUUAAUCGAAUUGAGGAACAUAAAAUUACAUCAGUUUAGAAAUAACUUUAAUUGUAUUACUGAUAUUAUAGAAUGUACAUUAGAUAUCAAAACAUUUCAUUUUCGGCAUCAUAAAAUGGAGUUAAUA